AUGGGAAAACCAAAGCGCUCCGCCCUUCAGGCGGCCGAAGACACCCUGACCCCUCCCGCCACCCUGGAAAAGAACCAGGCCAUCGUGCGCGUCGUGAAAGCCGAGGGCAACAACCUGUACGCCUGCGAGCUGCCCAAUAAGAAGGACUUUGUCCUCGAGCUCGCCCAGCGCUUCCGCAACACCAUCUGGAUCAAGCGCGGCGGCUUCGUCCUGGCGGAGAGGUAUGAUGAGAAUGACGGGCGCGUCAUGGGCGAGAUCAUCAACGUCGUUCGCGACGAGAAGGCCUGGCGCAAGCAAGCUUACUGGCCCAAGGAGUUUGUAAAGACCAACACGUACGAAGACAGCGACGAAGAAGAGUCCAAUGUUGGCAAGAUGCCGCCAUCCGAUUCCGAGGACGACUACUGA